AUGGAAGAUUCUCAAGAUGAUGAAUUUUUUAUGUUUUCUUUUUUAUCAAAUUCAUCUCAAAUAUACGGUGAUUUAUAUGAUACUAAUUUAUAUAAUGAGGAUUUAGAAAGUGGUGAAAAAUUCGAUGAUUUGGAUAAAAGCUCAGAGGCUAAAAAGAAAAUAUUAUCAGCUACUACACGCAAAAAUGAACAACCUUUAAAUAAAUCUAAAGGAAAAUCUAAAUGUGGGCAUUCUUUUGAACUUCAAACCAGUACAAGUAAUCUUGCUUCGUAUUUGUGUGUUGUUCAUCAAAUCCAUAAACCUGAUAAUUCAAAAACUCCAACUUUUGCACUGAUUCAAACAAAUCAGCCAACAAUUGAACAAACCUUAAAUAAGUCAAUGUCAAAGCAUUGGGAUACGCCAAAAGAAGCCGGAUUAAUUGCAUCAUACCUGGAUCCUCAAUUUAAAAAUUUACGUUUUUUAAACGUUAAAGAAAGAACAGAGACAAUCAGCUUACUUCGUACACAAAUUAUUGAAUCAUCCGAUUCUCAUACUUGUACCACUACUGGUUCUUUAACUAAAAACACACAAGAAUAUAUAAUGAGUAAAUUCUUUGAUGAUAGUGAUACUGUAGCACAAUCAUUGCUUGAUACCAAAUUACAGUUGUACGAUAGUUUGCCUUUGGUUCCCAAGUAUGAUUUGGAUCACCCUGAAUAUGAAAAAGACAACCCACUGUUAUUUUGA